CUGCGAAAUGUGAGUAUAUUAUAUGGAAUGGAAAUUGGAAAUUGAUUUCUGUGGACACUAGAUACUGGAGUGCAAAGAUAUUCUUGUUGACAAAAAGAAUUAUAAAAUAUAUACAAGUGUAUGAAAAUUUGAGUGAUCCGUAUUUCGUGCGUUUUGUAUUAUUUCGUAUUGUUUAUUAUUCUAUAAAUGUUUAUAUCACAGAAAUUAACAGGGUAGUAACAUGCAAAUAUAUGUAGAAUGAUCAUAUAAAAUAAAAAGAAAGACAAUACGGGAAUAUAAUAAAAUUUGCAUUAGUAUUUAUAAGAUUAAGUUGACACUUCUCUAAAAUGGGACCACCUAAGAAAUUUAAAAAGUAUGAUUCAAAAACAGGCAGUGACAGAUCAAGCAAAAAGAAAAAAGUUGAAGAAGAUAUGACAAUAGACUUGGUAGAUGAUGAGAACACAGAAAAUGUCAAUGUGCCCGGAGCGGCCAUGCAAGAUGCUGAGAAAAACGAUCAGGUGCCUGAAGAUGAAUUUGGUGCCAAAGAUUACAGAAAUCAAAUGGCAUUAAAGCCAGACAGCGCCAGUCGCCCUCUAUGGGUUGCACCAAAUGGCCACAUAUUCCUCGAGGCCUUCUCGCCUGUGUACAAACACGCACAUGACUUUUUAAUCGCCAUAUCAGAACCUGUGUGCCGACCACAGCACAUUCAUGAAUACAAACUAACAGCCUACAGUUUAUACGCGGCCGUGUCAGUGGGUUUGCAGACUGGAGAUAUUAUUGAGUAUUUGCAGCGUCUGAGCAAAUGUGCCGUACCUGCUGGCAUUAUUGAGUUUAUACAAUUGUGUACCCUGUCAUAUGGAAAAGUCAAACUUGUCCUGAAACAUAAUAGGUAUUUGGUAGAGAGCAAACAUGUGGAAGUAUUACAAAAGCUCCUACGCGACCCGGUGAUACAGCAGUGUCGGCUGCGACGCGAUGGCGAUGAUGACUUGUUGGCGUCUGCGUUGCCGAACAAACCGACCACGGCUGCAGCUAAACCUGGUGAAGAAAAACCGGCAGCGAAUGGCGCGGUGCCUGAUGACAUCAGUCAGUUCUACCAACAACUAGACAAGGAUGACGACGAAGACGAGGCCCCAGGAAUAACAGCCAACACCGCCGUCGCCUUUGAAGUCGAUCCAGAUAAGAUUGAGGUAAUACAAAAGCGUUGCAUUGAACUAGAGCAUCCGUUGUUGGCCGAAUACGACUUCCGAAACGAUGCCAUCAACCCAGACAUAAACAUCGAUCUCAAACCUACCGCCGUGCUGCGUCCUUACCAAGAGAAAAGUCUUCGGAAAAUGUUCGGAAACGGACGAGCCAGGUCUGGAGUGAUCGUGCUGCCGUGUGGCGCGGGCAAGUCGCUGGUGGGCGUGACGGCGGUGUGCACGGUGCGCAAGCGCGCGCUGGUGCUGUGCAACUCCGGCGUCUCCGUCGAGCAGUGGAAGCAGCAGUUCAAGUGCUGGUCCACAGCCGACGACAGCUGCAUAUGCAGAUUCACAUCUGAAGCCAAAGACAAACCCAUGGGCGCCGGUAUACUCAUAACGACGUACUCUAUGAUUACGCAUGGACAGCGACGCUCGUGGGAGGCGGAGCAAACCAUGAAGUGGCUGCAGGCCCAAGAGUGGGGGUUGGUGGUGUUGGACGAAGUGCACACAAUCCCUGCUAAGAUGUUCCGUAGAGUGCUCACCAUCGUACAUUCCCAUGCUAAGCUGGGACUAACUGCAACGCUUUUGCGUGAAGACGACAAGAUUGCUGAUCUGAACUUCCUCAUUGGUCCGAAGUUGUACGAAGCGAACUGGCUGGAGCUGCAGGCGGCGGGCUACAUCGCGCGCGUGCAGUGUGCCGAGGUGUGGUGUCCCAUGACCCCGGAGUUUUACCGCGAGUAUCUCAUACAGAAAAUAAACAAGAAAAUGCUGCUAUAUGUUAUGAAUCCGUCGAAGUUCCGAGCGUGUCAGUUCCUGGUGCGCUAUCACGAGCGACGCGGCGAUAAAACUAUAGUCUUCUCGGACAACGUAUUUGCGUUGCGGCACUACGCAGUCAAAAUGAAUAAACCAUAUAUUUAUGGGCCAACGUCACAAAGUGAAAGGAUUCAAAUUCUUCAGAACUUUAAAUUCAAUCCAAAAGUCAACACGAUAUUUGUCAGUAAAGUCGCCGACACAAGUUUCGAUUUGCCAGAAGCAAAUGUUCUCAUACAAAUUUCAUCUCACGGUGGUUCGAGACGUCAAGAGGCACAACGUUUAGGACGUAUUUUGAGAGCAAAAAAAGGAGCAUUGGCCGAAGAAUAUAACGCAUUCUUUUAUACUCUUGUGUCACAGGACACUUUAGAAAUGGCCUACAGUCGAAAAAGACAAAGAUUUCUUGUCAAUCAAGGUUACAGUUAUAAGGUCAUUACUGAACUGAAAGGAAUGGAUCAGGAACCAGAUUUACUUUACGGAACUCGAGAGGAACAAGGCACUCUUCUCUCGCAGGUGCUGGCGGCGUCGGAGACGGAGUGCGAGGAGGAGCGCGAGGGGGGCGUGGGGGGCGCGGGCGUGUCGCGCCGCGCAGGCGCUCUCUCCUCGCUGGCCGGCGCCGACGACGGCCUCUACCUCGAGCACCGCCGCUCGCAACAACACAACAAGCAUCCACUCUUCAAGAAGUUCCGAUACUAGCCGACGACGCCACACGCCCCAAAUCUCACGAUUCCUGACCACCUUGCCAAUGAACAUCUUCUCUAUUAUACAGCUUCGUUCGCAAUUGUUUUUUUUUAAAUGGACACCACUGGAAAUGAAAAUCUCUUGGACCGACCAAUCAAUCACAAUGGAAUGGCUGCGGGAUUGUUACGGAAUUAUAAUCGAUACAAAAUAAAAUCCUACGUCUGAUCAUAUUAUAGCUGAAUAUUUUCUGAUUGAUGAGAAUAAUAAAUGAAACAUUUUGGAA